GGCAGCUGACUGGAUGUUGGAGGACUGAGAGGAGGAGUAGCUGUUGCAGUAACAACAUCCUGGAUAUUGGAGACUGGCGGCGCACACGGCUACAGAAAUAAAGGAGGAACCAAGACGUUAGGGAGGCGGUGGGGGUAAUCGCAAAUGCCUCAGUGUAUAGAAGCACAGACAUGAACGUGAACUUGGCAGCUUUCAGGCAUUAAUUGUGGAUUUAUGGUCUAUGGCGCCGAUUGAUCCCGAGGCACCGACAAGGUGAUGCAGCAGCGGCAGGACGGGAUCGGUCCGCUACACGGCUGCCAGCUGAAUGCCUUUACUGAGGGAAAACGGCGCAGCACUCGUCCAGCGCAGUCCGGCGUGAUUUUUCAUUAAAAUAGGACAGAGAGGAUCAGCCAGCAGCUGCGAUACACCCUUGUUUACUUUCAUUAUUGUAUUGGUUCUCGAUAUCGCUCUCCGGUUCAGAGACGCUGCCACGGCAUCAAGCGGAUCAGGCCUGGGCUGAAACACCGUGCGCACUUCGCGGUAUUUACCGUGGAAUGUGACGCGAAUUCUAUCGUUAACAAGGAUAACGAAAGCACCUAGUGCUGUAUCAUUGUGUUUACUAUCCGCUUGUCCAGUUUUCUUUAUGUUUACUUAGGCGGUGAGGGUGGACUCACCGUUUAUCGUGAAGAUAACGACUCGACUCGACCCAACCCGCCUUGACACAGAGAAGCGUUCGAAUCCAAGCGAGGAUCAUGGAUCGGAAUGAUAAAAAGACCCUCACGAGCAAGUGUAAUCAGUUGUGAUCUACAGGACAACUCCAUUUCUAAGAGAUAAGCAGACGUUCGGCAGUAAAGCUCCCAUUAACGCAAUGAGAUAAUAGUGUGGCUUACACACAAACAACCUUGACACUUAUCCCACCAUAUUCCAGUUCAUCGUCAAAAUAUGACCACGCCAGCUCUAUUGCCACUAUCGGGACGUAGGAUACCUACCCUCUCGCCAGGUGCCUCCUCAUUCCCCCAUCACAGAGCCACCUUGCGGCUUUCAGAGAAGUUCAUCCUCCUCCUCAUCCUCAGUGCCUUCAUCACCUUGUGUUUCGGAGCAUUUUUCUUCCUCCCGGACAAUUCCAAACACAAGCGCUUUGACUUUGGUUUGGAGGACGUGUUGAUACCACACAUCGAGUCGGAGAAGGAGGCCAGGCACAGCAGCAGACAGGUCAUACAUGGCAUGGGAGCUCACGAUGAGCAUCGUCACAGGGAGGAAGAGGAGAGCCUUCGUGACAAGAUCCGGGCAGAUCAUGAGCGGGCACUGCAGGAAGCCAAGGAAAAGCUCCGUAAAUCCAAAGAGGAGCUGAAGGCAGAGAUCCAGACAGAGAAGACCAAGGUAGUCGAGGACCUGAAGAAGAAAGAUGGACCCAAACCACUGCCUCCAGUACCUAUGCCCAAACUAGUAGGGGUCAACGAUGGUGACCCAGGGGACCCUGACACCAAGGAAAAAAGGGACAAAAUCAGAGAGAUGAUGAAACAUGCGUGGGACAGCUACAGGCAAUACGGCUGGGGACACAACGAGCUCAAACCCAUCGCCAAGAAAGGACAUUCCACCAAUAUCUUCGGUAAUUCCCAGAUGGGGGCCACUAUAGUAGACGCCCUGGAUACCCUUUACAUAAUGGGCCUCCACGAUGAGUUUAAGGAUGGCCAGGAGUGGAUCAAGCAAAACUUGGAUUUCAGUGUGAAUGCAGAAGUAUCUGUCUUUGAGGUCAACAUCCGCUUCAUUGGAGGGCUUCUGGCUGCAUACUACCUCUCUGGACAGGAGGUUUUUAAGGUGAAGGCUGUCCAGCUGGCAGAAAAGCUGCUUCCUGCCUUCAACACCCCAACAGGCAUCCCUUGGGCCAUGGUCAAUUUGAAGAGUGGAGUGGGGCGUAACUGGGGCUGGGCAUCAGCUGGAAGCAGUAUUCUGGCUGAGUUCGGGACGCUGCACAUGGAGUUUGUGCACCUGACAUAUCUGACUGGAAACCCUGCUUACUAUCAGAAGGUGAUGCACAUACGGAAGCUGCUGGCUAAGAUGGACAGACCCAACGGACUUUACCCCAACUACCUGAACCCACGCACAGGACGCUGGGGCCAGCAUCACACCUCAGUAGGUGGGUUGGGUGAUAGUUUCUAUGAGUACCUGUUGAAGGCCUGGCUGAUGUCUGAUAAAACGGACACAGAGGCACGCAAGACGUACGAUGAUGCCAUCGAGGCUAUCGAGCGCCACCUCAUCCGUAAGUCCAACGGUGGCCUUACUUUCAUCGGGGAGUGGAAAAACGGCCACUUGGAGCGUAAGAUGGGUCACCUGACUUGCUUUGCUGGGGGCAUGUUUGCCUUGGGGGCUGAUGGGUCGCCAGAUGAUAAAGCUGGACACUAUCUGCAGCUCGGAGCAGAGAUUGCACACACCUGCCACGAAAGCUACGAUCGCACUGUGCUGAAGCUCGGCCCAGAGGCCUUUAAGUUCGACAGUGGGCUGGAAGCAGUGGCUGUGAGACAGAAUGAGAAAUACUAUAUCCUGAGGCCUGAGGUCAUCGAGACGUACUGGUACAUGUGGAGAUUUACCCACGACCCCAAAUACAGGCAGUGGGGUUGGGAAGCAGUGCAGGCUAUAGAUAAAUACUGCCGAGUAAGCGGAGGAUUCUCUGGUGUUAAAGACGUCUACUCCUCCAACCCCACCUACGAUGAUGUCCAGCAAAGCUUCUUCCUGGCUGAAACGCUCAAGUAUCUCUAUCUACUUUUCUCCAGCGAUGAGCUGCUGCCUCUUGAGAACUGGGUGUUCAACACAGAGGCCCAUCCUCUGCCCGUCCUGCACCUGGGCAACAUCACCCUGCCUGGCAGCGAGACCCAGCGGUAGAGCGGACUCACCGGGGGGACGCUCUCCCCCUCACUCGCCCCUUUUCUAAACGCCUCCCUCCUUGUGAGAAAGACAGCAGCUGCCAGUGCAAAGGAGAGGAGAGAACUGUACCCACCAUCCACUGUCUCCUCCUGGACUGUGAAUCAUGGGACUGCAGUGAAUGGAGGGGACCGGAACAGACCCAGCUCUCUUUAUCUAUGUCUCUCUCAUAUAUUCUCUGAAGGACAGACUGCCGGAUUGAUCAUGUGUGUCUCUCUCUUGUGGCCGCUGGUCUGACACGUCCGUACACACUGUUACACGCAUUGGCAGACUAAAAGACCUUCUGAUAUGGAUGUGCGUUUCUCACUGGGAAAGGAUUUUAACAAGUUCAUUCGUCCCCC